AUGUCAUCUAUCUCUUUGAAGGAAAUUAUACCACCUCAGCCUUCGACACAGCGUAACUUUACUACGCAUUUAUCGUAUGACCCUACAACCAACGCAAUUGCUUACCCAUGUGGAAAAUCUGCAUUUGUACGUUGUUUGGACGAUGGAGACAGUAAAGUACCUCCAGUAGUACAAUUUACUGGUCAUGGCUCUUCGGUAGUCACAACGGUAAAGUUCUCUCCAAUUAAGGGUUCCCAGUACCUAUGCUCCGGUGACGAAUCUGGAAAAGUGAUUGUUUGGGGAUGGACAUUUGACAAAGAAAGCAAUUCUGUUGAAGUGAAUGUUAAGUCUGAAUUCCAAGUUUUAGCAGGUCCAAUCAGCGAUAUCUCCUGGGAUUUUGAAGGGCGAAGACUCUGCGUUGUGGGAGAAGGUCGUGAUAACUUUGGUGUUUUCAUAUCCUGGGAUUCUGGUAAUUCCUUAGGUGAAGUUUCAGGUCACUCACAACGCAUCAAUGCUUGUCAUUUGAAGCAAUCUAGACCUAUGAGAUCUAUGACAGUUGGAGAUGAUGGAUCUGUUGUCUUUUAUCAAGGACCUCCAUUUAAGUUCUCUGCCAGUGACAGAACACACCACAAACAAGGCUCAUUUGUCAGGGAUGUUGAAUUUUCACCUGACAGCGGUGAAUUUGUUAUUACGGUAGGGUCUGACAGAAAGAUUUCUUGCUUUGAUGGCAAAUCAGGUGAGUUUCUUAAAUACAUAGAGGAUGAUCAAGAACCAGUUCAAGGUGGUAUAUUUGCACUAUCGUGGCUUGAUUCCCAAAAGUUUGCUACCGUAGGAGCAGACGCUACCAUUAGGGUUUGGGACGUCACGACUUCAAAAUGCGUUCAAAAAUGGACCUUAGACAAGCAACAACUGGGAAAUCAACAAGUUGGUGUUGUUGCAACAGGAAACGGAAGGAUUAUUUCUCUUUCACUGGAUGGGACCUUAAACUUCUAUGAACUUGGACAUGACGAGGUUUUAAAAACCAUUAGUGGUCAUAACAAGGGUAUUACUGCUUUGACAGUCAACCCACUAAUCAGUGGGUCAUAUGAUGGUAGGAUUAUGGAAUGGUCUAGCUCUUCCAUGCACCAAGAUCACUCCAACUUGAUUGUAUCAUUGGAUAAUAGUAAAGCGCAAGAAUACUCCAGUAUUUCUUGGGAUGAUACUUUGAAAGUGAACGGUAUUACUAAGCAUGAAUUUGGAUCGCAACCAAAGGUUGCUAGUGCGAACAAUGAUGGCUUCACUGCAGUACUAACAAAUGAUGAUGAUUUGUUGAUAUUACAGUCUUUUACGGGCGAUAUAAUCAAGAGUGUAAGACUGAACUCACCAGGCUCUGCCGUUAGCUUGAGCCAAAAUUACGUUGCAGUUGGUUUGGAAGAAGGUAAUACUAUUCAGGUAUUCAAAUUAUCAGAUUUGGAAGUCAGUUUUGAUUUAAAAACACCUCUUCGCGCAAAACCCUCGUACAUAUCAAUUUCGCCAUCUGAAACAUACAUCGCUGCUGGAGAUGUUAUGGGCAAGAUAUUGCUAUAUGAUUUACAAUCAAGAGAAGUGAAAACUUCAAGAUGGGCUUUCCACACCAGUAAAAUCAACGCCAUUUCAUGGAAACCUGCUGAAAAGGGAGCAAACGAAGAGGAAAUUGAAGAGGACUUAGUUGCCACUGGUUCUUUAGACACCAAUAUUUUUAUUUACUCCGUCAAAAGACCUAUGAAAAUCAUUAAGGCGUUGAAUGCUCACAAGGACGGUGUUAACAACCUUUUAUGGGAAACACCAUCUACCUUGGUUAGUUCUGGUGCGGACGCUUGCAUUAAAAGGUGGAAUGUUGUCCUCGAGUGA